AUGCAAUUCAAGAAUAGCGUGAAGGGGUUUGUUUCGGCUGUGGAGUGGACUGAGACAUGGAUUAUUGCGUUGGGUAUAUUCCACUUCACGAUGCUACUGCUAGCGAUUCUCUCGCGGAGGAACAGCAACAUUCAGAUAGUGCUCUUCUGCUUCAUGAUGGGUUGUAUCUACCUGGCUGAACCUCUCAACAGAUUUCUGUCAACACACUGGGAGUCCUUCUCUACGCAGAAUUAUUUUGACAAGCAUGGGGUCUUUCUCUCAGUGGUCUGGAGCACACCAUUGCUCCUAAUAGGCGCCUACAUGGUGAUUCAUACCCUCAUUGCAGCAGCUUCCCUGCUUGUACAGGUACGAUUGCAAAGACUUUGA